UCUAAUUCAUUGAAAUGCACCUGUAUUUUGAAGAGUAAUGAUAACUAAACAGCUUCAGUUCCCUUUGACAUCCACUGAAUGUACAAAAUACAGUGUAAAUCAAUGGGAACCGAAACAAUUUGGCUAUCAACAGAAUAACAGAAUUUUCAUUUUUGGGUUGACUAUCCCUUUAAGAUGAAUCUGGUAAAUAAAUCAUUCAAUGACUCAGUCAUAAAGACGGUCACUUGUUGGCAGAUACUGGCAAUGAUAUAACCUGCAGAAAGAGUCACAGAAAAAUCUCCACGUUUAUUGAAAACAGUGACAUCCUGUUUACAAACAGUCCCAGUAACAGUAUACAGUCCAUAGGAACCAAAACAUUCUAUAAACCCUACUAUGGAACAUUUGUCUAAACAGAAUUAGGUGCAUUACACAUACAUAGAUAUGGAAUUAUGUUAAAAUUUAGGCCUGUUAAUAUUUAUGCUUAUGAGUGAUGUAUUGUCACAUCUCUUUCAGUUUAAAUUAAUUUUAUGUUUACAAUUAAUAAAUAAAGAUGACCAAAGGAGACAUGAUAAAACCAGUGCUGGAACAUUUGGAUAAAAAUAAAGGACUUGGAUUUCAUAAAGAUGCUUAAUGUUCUCGUCCCUGAAACUGAAACCGUUUAAAGGCUACAAGGCUUUUAGAGUGGAAUCAGUAGCUUGUCUGAGCUCAGCGUUUGUCCUGCUGUGGGACACACUGACCUUCCUGACAAAACUCUUUCACAUCACAUGUGUCUAUAUUGCCUCUGAGCAUGAUACUUACUAAGCACAUCAUAAACCAAAAACAAAAUCACACGCGCGCGCGUGCGCACACACACAAAGUCUGGACAGCUAUCCUUGUAGGGACACUCCAUAGGCGUAGCAGUUUUUAUACUGUACAAACCAUAUUUUCUAUCGCCCUACACCAACCCUACACCUAAACCUAUAGCCAUCACAACUUUCUGCAUUUUUACUUUCUCAAAAAAAAAAAAGAAAAAAAAAAAACUCAUUCUGUAUGAUUUAUAAGCUUUUGUACACAUGGGGACCUCAAUUUAGGGCCCCCUGUAACACAAGUCCCCAUGAGUCACACACACACUUGUUUCAGUAGUAAGGACAUUGUAUAGACUUCCAUUGAUUUUAUAUCAGGUUAAUAAUAUUUUCUGUCUCCUAACCAAACCUAUCCUUCACAAAAACACCUGCAAAUCAUUUAAAUAAAAAAAGUUUUAGCCUAAUCAUAAGCAUUUUUAACUAGCCAGGAGUCAGGACCAGUAAAAAUGUCCUCACUACUCAUAUUUUUUUAACUAGCCUGUAUAAGUGAGUACAUUUGACACAUGCUGACUUUACGAUGCAAGUGACUGAAAGGACACAUUUUUCAGAGAAGCAUCAAACUACCAAAACUACCAAACCUUUUCUUGCACAGUUUAUAGACUUUUUUUCAAUGAAAUGCUUUUAUCUUACCUCAAUCUCUUCUUUUAAAAUGCAUUAGUAAACUAACCAUAAGCCUCCACUAGCCACGAAAGGAGAGGUCCUUUGAUCACAUUUGGCUAUAAUCCCAAUGAACCCCGCCUCCGGUGAUGCUGCGGUUCGUUUAAGACUGAUGUCCAGCUCAUCCAGAUGACCACACAUCUCUGGGGUCACCAACGAGCCAUGACCAUAAAACAAGAGAAAUUUAAGGUGUCUUUUUACGUUUAAGGAUACUUUUUACGUUACCUGUAGCAUAAUCAAAAAAAAGUAGAGAAAAUAAAUAGUUUCAUUAGCUGUCACUUAAAAUAAGUAAAGAUUUUGAAUCCCCUAUUGGGAUUAAUUUUCAUCGUCCACAUGUUUAUCAACUCUUCACAUUGAUUUAACUGACCUGGCCUUAAAGCACGAAAACGAAGCACGAAAGCAUGAACUCAACAGCUUAUAACAUCGAGGAUGUUUCUCAGAAGAACUCCACCUGUAAGUAUGACUUUAACUCGAGCAGCGCGGAUGAUCUUCCUCGUCCUCCUCCUCCUCAUCUUCCGCGCUUCACCGCCGCAGCUCAGGUCCGAGUGACGCUCACGCUCCUCCUGUGCGCGCUGUCGGCGUGCUGCAAUCUCGCCGUGCUGUACUCAGCCAGCCACAACCACAGAAAACGGUCCCACGUCCGGCUCCUCAUCACCAACCUGGCAGUGGCGGAUUUGCUGGUAACGUUCGUCGUCAUGCCGCUGGACGCGGGGUGGAAUAUAACGGUGCAGUGGAUCGCGGGGGACCUCGCGUGCAGGACGCUGAUGUUCCUCAAACUCGUGGCCAUGUACUCGUGCUCUUUCGUGACCGUGGUGAUAAGUCUGGACCGACAGGCUGCUAUUCUCAACCCUCUGUCCAUCAACAAAGCGAGGAAGAGAAAUAAAGUUUUGCUGAGUGUAGCAUGGACCAUGAGUGUUGUGUUAUCCAUACCACAGGUGUUUGUUUUCCACGUUGUAGUGAUCGAUUGCCCCGAGCGGUUUAUUCAGUGUACAACCUAUGGCAGCUUUAACUUACGCUGGCAAGAGACACUUUACAACAUGCUUACCUUCACCUUCCUCUUCCUCUUACCACUCUUCAUCAUGAUCUCCUGCUACAGCAGGAUAUUGUUUGAGAUCUCCAAGAAAAUGACAGAAGACAGCUUGCUGUCCAACAAAGUGCAGCUGCGUAGGUCGAAAAACAACAUCCCUAGGGCACGCAUGCGCACGCUGAAGAUGACUGUGGUCAUUGUGCUGUCAUUCAUGGUGUGUUGGACACCCUACUACAUGCUUGGCCUGUGGUACUGGUUCUGUCCCGCUGGCCUGGAGGAAACAGUGUCCCAGUCCCUCUCACACAUCCUUUUUACAUUCGGCCUAUUAAAUGCUUGUUUGGACCCCAUCAUCUAUGGUCUGUUCACCAUUCCAUUAUGCAUGAGGCACAGACAGCGUGAACGUAACAUUGUAGCCUUUGAGCUGGAGAACACUAAUAACUCUUUGAUGACUUCCAUCAGAACUUCCACCUCCUCUCUCACUUUAAAGAGAAUGACAGUUCAGCAGACUUCUAGAGAAAAGCUAGAAUGGGACGGAGAGUAUGUGCACAGGAUUGGAGAUGAUGGGGCAAAGAACAGUGUGGCCCCAGUCAUUCCACCUGUAUGGACUAAAAGCCAAAACACAUAAGUUGUCUAUAUGUAUGAUAGUUUUCCAUUUAAUUUUAAUGAAGGCCAUUAAGGACACUUUAACCUUAUCUGAUAUGUAUAAAGUUAUCACAUAUAACAUUUCAAAAAGGUUUUAUUUAUUGUAAUUAGUUCAUUCAUUUUGGCUAAUGAGGUAAAUCUUUUGCCCACUGAGCCUUGAGAUAACCAGACAAUGAAAGUCAAUGGGGUCCAGCAAUGUUUGGGAGUUUUAUUAUACAGACUAAUAGAUUUUUUAAAGAAGUUGCUAUUUUUAUUUAGCAAGGACAUAUUCAUUCAUGUAAAUGCAGUAAGGACUUUAUCAUUGUUACAAAAAAGUCGAUUUCAAAUAAAGGCUGUUCUGAACUUUCUAUUCAUCAAAGAAUCCUGAAAAAGAUGUAUCAUGGUUUCCACAUAAAUGUUUCCUAUGCAGCAAAUCAGCA